AUGUAUCGAAUCAACCAAGAUGAUCAAUGUGUUAUAUGCCUUGGACAACUUGUUAAAGGGGACUUGAUCCGUUGGCUCCCUAACUGUGGUCACGUAUUUCAUGUAUCAUGUAUCGAUAAUUGGUUCCAUGCUCAUAUAAAUUGCCCAAUUUGUCGAUCACUUGUACGUGGUACGGCUUCUAGUGGUAGAGGAGGAGUUGAUGGUUGCGGACCUAGUGGUGGUGGAUGUCGUCGUGGUCUUCCUAGGACAAGAUCAGGCGGGAGACUAUGUCAUUCGACGAAAAUGACCCUUCCUAUACAAGGAUUAGGGCCGCGAGACUUGGUUAAGUUCGGUUUACGGCGAUCAUUAUCUAUGGAUGAAUGUUCUGUAGUAAUCGAUACAAGGGAACAAACAACUACUACUUCUUCAUCUUCAUUAUUACCUAAUAAUAAUAGUUCUUGUAAUAAUCCUUCUUUGUCAAAAAUUGAGUUCUUACUGAGUAGAUUAUAUCAAGCACCAUCAUCUAUUAGGCGUUACAAUAAUUAUAUGUCUAGCAUGGGAUCGCGGUCGUUGCAUGGUUCAAGGGCAGGGCAAGGAGGUACUUUGAGGAACAAUAGUAUUCUACCUUACUAG